AUGGCUUACUCGCUGGGUCACGGCCUCGCUGCCCUUGCUGCUACGCUCAGCUCAGGUAUAGAAUCAAUCUUGUGCCUGAGCGUGACACCACGGCUUAAAAGAUGGGAUACUGAAAGCGUGGCCGAUAGCGAGCUCUUACCUCCUUGGUUUUGCCCCUUUGCUGCGAGACCUCAGCAGCGAACCGAACUGCACGAGGACGUAAAACGAAUUUUUGAAACCGCUCGGGAUAUUGGAGCCAAAAUUAUCACGUCCCACUUGCGAAGAAAUAACAUUGCAGGCAUGGGACUCUCUGCGCCUAAAGCGUUCCAACAGUAUGGCCUUCUCAAGGCUGACAUUAUUCUGUCUCAUGCCACCGGCUCUGCCGCGGAGGAACUCGACAUAUUGCGAAAAUCGCGAGCAUUCGUUGCCGCCAUUCCGGGCACUGAAUCUCAAAUGGCUCACGGCGAGGUCAUCGGGCUCAGAAAAGACGUACGAGGCUCUAUAGGUGCCGAUUGUCGGUCUUGCGGUAACACGUUCACAUCGCAACUCACGAAUCCUGGCCACGGAAAGUUCCCCAAAGUUAUCGAACCUACGACGGAACAUGCUUUCAAUUUAGCGACAAUACUGGGGGCACGGGCUGCCGGCGUAUCAGAUAGAACCGGAAGUUUGGUAGAAGGGAAGGCGGCAGACAUCAUUGUGAUUGACGGCAAUACUCCUGCCAUGUGUUGCGCCUUCGAGCAUGAUCCCCUGGUUACGGUAGUCAGACACGCUGGUGUGCAAGAAAUAGACGUCGUCAUCGUUGCAGGCAAAAUCCUCAAAGAACAGGGCCGACUUGUCAAUGUCGCCUUCGAUGGCCCGGAGGCUUGGGACCACAGUGAAGAGGUUAUGGCGAUAUUCAACAACAGAAGCAUCCAUUGGUCUGUGGUAGCGGGGCAGUUACGCAGCACAAGAUUGGAUAUACAAAAGAGAAUAGACGCUUGCGAUAUGGGGGUUGCGAAGGCGGAAAUCCUCAAACUUUGGGGUUCAAAGGACGGCAGUAACAUGCUAGUAUAG